UAAACCUGCCUCUAGUCUUCCCCACCUUUCUCUGUUCCUAUCCCCUCUCUAAUUGCUGGAUGAGGCUGUGCUGCUGCAGCCGACUGUCUGGCCCCUGAGCAUUACAUCCCCAUACUCCAGGCCUUUAUUCAUCACCAAAACAGCAUGGUACUGGUAUAAAAAUAGGCACAUAGACCAGUGGAACAGAAUAGAGAACCCAGAAAUGAACCCAAAUACUUAACAACCAACUGAUCUUUGACAAAGCAAACAAAAACAUAAAGUGGGGAGAGGACACCCUAUUCAACAAAUGGUGCUGGGAUAAUUGGCAAGCCACAUGUAGGAGAAUGAAACUGGACUUUGUGGCAUAGACAAACUUUCUUAUUGUUAUUCAAUGAAACACUCACGUUGGACCUACUGGGAAGGUAUUUUGCAGAUGUAACGAAAGGUCCUGCUCUUGUAACUAGCAAGUGUACUCAGAGGUGGGUGUGGCCUUCACAGAUUCUUAUAAAAGGACAUAGAAGAGACAAGCUCAGUUUUCUCCAAAGGAGAAGGAGCGCACUUAGAGGGAGCUGUGUUUUGGUGACCUCUGAAACCCAGUACUGCGGCGAAUGAGCUCCUGACCUUGAGGAGUACUUAACAGAAUUAUUUCUCGAAGAAUCAUUGUGGGAACCCUUCAAAGAACCCAGCGAAACAUGAAUUCUGGAAUCUCGCAAGUCUUCCAGAGGGAACUCACCUGCCCCAUCUGCCUGAACUACUUCAUAGACCCAGUCACCAUAGACUGUGGGCACAGCUUUUGCAGGCCCUGUUUCUACCUCAACUGGCAAGACAUCCCAAUUCUUACUCAGUGCUUUGAAUGCCUAAAGACAACACAGCAGAGAAACCUCAAAACUAACAUUCGAUUGAAGAAGAUGGCUUCCCGUGCCAGAAAAGCCAGUCUCUGGCUAUUCCUGAGCUCUGAGGAGCAAAUGUGUGGCACUCACAGGGAGACAAAGAAGAUAUUCUGUGAAGUGGACAGGAGCCUGCUCUGUUUGCUGUGCUCCAGCUCUCAGGAGCACCGGUAUCACAGACACUGUCCCGCUGAGUGGGCUGCUGAGGAACACCGGGAGAAGCUUUUAAAGAAAAUGCAGUCUUUAUGGGAAAAAGCUUGUGAAAAUCAGAGAAACCUGAACGUGGAAACCACCAGAAUCAGCCACUGGAAGGAUUAUGUGAAUGUAAGGCUAGAAGCUAUUAGAGCUGAGUAUCAGAAGAUGCCUGCAUUUCAUCAUGAAGAAGAAAAACAUAAUUUGGAGAUGCUGAAGAAGAAGGGGAAAGAUAUUUUUCAUCAACUUCAUUUAAGUAAAACCAAAAUGGCUCACAGGAGGGAGAUUUUAAGAGGAACGUAUGCGGAGCUGAUGAAAAUGUGCCAUAAACCAGAUGUGGAGCUACUUCAGGCUUUUGGAGACAUAUUAUACAGGAGUGAGUCCGUGCUGCUGCACAUGCCCCAGCCUCUGAAUCUAGAGCUCAGGGCAGGGCCCAUCACUGGACUGAGGGACAGGCUCAACCAAUUCCGAGUGGAUAUUACUCUGCCUCAUAAUGAAGCCAACAGUCAUAUCUUCCGACGUGGAGAUUUCAGAAGCAUUUGUAUUGGAUGUGACCGUCAAAAUGCGCCCCAUAUCACUGCAACACCUACAAGUUUUCUUGCGUGGGGUGCUCAGACUUUCACCUCCGGCAAAUAUUACUGGGAGGUCCAUGUGGGGGACUCUUGGAAUUGGGCCUUUGGUGUCUGUAAUAAGUAUUGGAAAGGGAUGAAUCAGAAUGGCAAUAUACAUGGAGAGGAGGGACUCUUUAGUCUUGGGUGUGUUAAGAAUGACAUUCAGUGCAGCCUCUUUACCACCUCCCCACUUACACUGCAGUAUGUCCCAAGACCUACCAACCAUGUAGGACUAUUCCUGGAUUGUGAAGCUAGAACUGUGAGCUUCGUUGAUGUUAAUCAAAGCUCCCCUAUAUACACCAUCCCUAAUUGCUCCUUCUCACCUCCUCUCAGGCCUAUCUUUUGCUGUAUUCACCUCUGACCAGAGAUAGAUCAGAUAUGUGUUCAUCUGCUGUGGGAACCCCUUCAUCCCAGAAAGCCCUCUUCCUUGUGCCUUAUCAAACAGGACAAAUAGGUUCUGUUUUAUGUCUUGAAUUGCAUUCUAGUGUUAUUAAAACUCAUUUAUUGUGUUACUAUUAAAGGUGGUAAAAACACUGAAA